AUGGCGUCUGAUGAUGAGGAUGAAGUCCUCGCUCAAUUCCUGGAAUCUGAAGUCCUCGCCGAACUCUCCGAUCAGGAAGAGUUGAAGACUGUGGACGAGACAGUUGAGUCGGAGGAUGAUGAAGCAGAGGAGGAAGAGAGAGAUGGAAAGAGAUUGCAUAUUGAAGAUGGUUUGCUAAGUGAAGAGGAAGAGAAGAAACAGCUAGAAGCAAAGAGAAUCAGAGUCGAGGAAGGUGAAAUCAGUGAUGAGGGAUUAUCAAGGGCAUUAAUAUCGUCAUCUUCAUCAUCAUCCAUGGAGUUGGAAGCUGAAUCUACCUUGUUGCCUUCAAAGAAUAGUGAGAUAAUCAAAGUUGACAAUAACAAUAAUGGCAAGGAGAGUAGGGAAAGUAGACCGGUAUCCAGGAGGAUUGAAACUGGGGUUUGUAGUAAAGUCCCUCCUGAAUUGUUCCAUCACAUCCUCAAAUUUCUCUCAUCAGAGGAUCUUAUUGCAUGCUCAUUGGUGUGUAGAUUCCUAAAUUAUGCUGCUUCAGAUGAGUCUUUGUGGCGUCGCCUAUACUGCAUGCGGUGGGGUCUGCUGCCCCCCAAAAAGCCACGGGAAUGUGCUUGGAAGAAACUUUACAUUCAGCGUGAUGAAGAAGAUAUGGCAGAGUUUGUUAGGGGUUGCCCUUCUGAAUUUAAAGAAUAUUACAUUCAAAUGCAGGUGGCAAAGAGAAGCCAAGCACCUCUUCCUUCUCAGGUGAAUGAUGACCGUAUAAUUCUCGACAAGACACUUGCCGAUCAAGUCUCCAUGUGGAAGAGUAGCCGAGGCCUGGCCGACACAGUGGUAUCCGAUCAUGCUUGCUCUGGGGAAAGUUGCACUUACUAUCAAAUUGGUGAUGUAUUUGUUUGUGAGAAGACUGGGCAUGUUCAUGUUUGCGAUGACACGUGCAGAGAAGUAAUUCCAGAUCCGACGAACGAGCUCUUGGUGUGCACCAUUUCUGGACGCUGUUUUGACAGAUUGCUGUCACCAGCUGAAAUGGAACCAGAUGCUGAACAGCAGCAAGGUGGUGCUGCUGAUGAAGCAGAGCCGUUUAUGGGAUCUGGCCGGUUUGCUCGAGCAUACCUACUUGGAUAUAGUUGCAAUGACGAGCAAGAGCUAGAAGCCUGUUUGAGGAACAAGCUUGCUGCUUCAAGUUUAUCCUUCUCUUGGCGCAAAUUUUGGAGAGCUUUUCAAGGUAAUUCUAUAUUUGAAUUGAAAAAAAUGGGUGGUGGAAAUGACAAGGACGAUGAACAUGACAAAGGGCUUUUCUCUCAUCACGGCCACUAUCCUCCUGGACAGUAUCCCCCGGCACAGUAUCCCCCAGGACAGUAUCCACCGCCUGGUGGAGGCUACCCUCCACAGGGGUAUCCACCAUCCGGAUAUCCCCCACAGGGGUAUCCUCCAUCUGGAUAUCCCCCACAGGGAUAUCCUCCAUCAGGGGGAUAUCCUCCAUCAGGAUAUCCACAACACGGGUACCCCUCUGGUUCAUCUGGACAUCACUCAGGACAUGGAUCUGGUGUAGGAGCAAUGCUGGCUGGUGGUGCUGCAGCUGCAGCAGCAGCCUUUGGUGCUGGCCACAUGGCCCACGGUGCUGGCCACUAUGGCCACGGUGCUGGCCAAUAUGGCCACGGUGCUGGCCACUAUGGUCACGGAGUCGGUCAUUAUGGUCAUGGCAAGUUUAAGCAUGGCAAACAUGGAAAGUUCAAGCACGGAAAAUUUGGCAAGCAUGGCAAGCAUAAGGGACACGGAAUGUUCGGAGGGAAAUUCAAGAAGUGGAAGUGA